CACAUGAGAGUACAUACAAAGGAGAAACCAUAUAGUUGUGAAAUUUGCUGCAAAACCUUCGCUGUGAAAAGUAAUCUAGUAGUGCACUUGAGAGUACAUACAAAGGAGAAACCAUAUAGCUGUGAGAUUUGCAAUAAGGACUUCACACAUAAAUCUCAUUUAGUGAGACACAUAAGAGUACAUACAAAGGAGAAACCAUAUAUGUGUGAUUUUUGCAAAAAAGCCUUCUCUCAAAGAGAUUAUUUAGUAAGUCACAUGGGAAUACAUAUGAAGGAGAAACCAUAUAUCUGUGACAUUUGCAAAAAAGGUUUCUCUCUUGGAAAAAAUUAUCUAGUAGCUGCACAUGAGAGUACAUACAAAGGGGAGAAGCCAUAUAUCUGUGAUAUUUGCAAUAAGAACUUCUCAGGUAGACCAGCCUUCGUGAGACACAUAAGAGUACAUACGAAAGAGAAACCAUAUAGUUGUGAAAUUUGCAGCAAAGCUUUUGCUUUGAAAUAUAAUCUAGAAGUGCACAUGAGAGUACAUACAAAGGAGAAACCAUAUAUCUGCGAGAUUUGCAAUAAGGACUUCUCACAUAGAUCAGCCUUAGUGAGACACAUAAAGUACAUACAAAGGAGAAACCACAUAUCUGUAAUAUUUGCAAAAAAGCUUUCUCUCGAAAAAGUCAUCUAGUAGUGCACAUGAGAGUACAUACAAAGGAGAAACCAUGUAGCAGUGAGAUUUGCAAUAAAGGCUUCUCAGAUAAGUCUUAGUGGAUCACAUUGGAGAACAUGCAGAGGAUAAGCCAUUUAUGUUUGGUUUCCAAUAAAACCUUAUCUCUAACAUAUAUUCUAGCACAACACAAGAGAGUACAUGCAAAGGAGCAAUGUGCCUGAGGAUUCUCCAAGAAAUAUGAUUUAGUGAUUAUCUGCGGGCAUGCAAAGUUGAAACCAUAUAGGCAUUCUCUGUGAACAAAAGAUUACUCUGGUGUACACAAAGGUCACAGAAAUAAUAUGUAUGAGGUCUGUAGAUAUACCUUCACCUUGAGUAGAAAUUUUGUAGGACAUAUGAGAAUUAUGAAUGAAAAAAAUGAUUACAAGGAAGACAUUAUUGUGGCAGAUGCAUCAUAGAGUUUGAAGGUUCUCUUUUUGGAUUUAUGUUUUAUAUGAUUUUGUUUAUAUGUAGUUUUGUGUAUUCUGACUUGUAUUUUCGUUUUCAUAGACUUAAUGUCACAGGGGCAGUCAAAACACAACCACUAAUGUUCACAGUGUUUCAAAAAACUGCUCUCCAAUACAGAUGUGUUUUGUAACUUCUAUCAUAAUUUUGGCAUUACAGUUACAGGCAGACACUUCAUAUUCUUCAUGUGAAAUCCUAUAUAAGAUCUGUAUUAAAAGGUAAAUGAAAGUUGAUUCAAGGAAAGAAUUUUGUUAUCUAUAAGUCCAUUUACAUAAA